ACCUUUGUUAUUGUGCGUGCACGUGCGUGGUUUUGCUCGAUCCCAAACUAAAAGAUUCCAGCGAUUGCAUCUUUAAAGUUUAAACAAUGCCCGCCGCCCCCGCCGCCACCAGCAAUGGCAGGCCCACAGAGCCGCACAAGUCGUGGAAAAAGGUAAACGAGGAGCGCAAGGCACUGAAGCGGCAGCGCAAGCAGGAGAAACUUCUCAAGGAGCUGCAGCAGGCCAAGGAGGCGGAGGAACGCAUUGCGGAAGACGCCAGUAAACCGCAGUCGAAGGCGAAUCCCAAUCCAUCCACGCUGAGCAUUGCCGUGCCUGGAUCCAUUCUGGAGAAUGCCCAAUCCAACGAACUGCGCGCCUACGUUGCCGGCCAAAUAGCCCGUGCUGCCUGCAUCUUCCGGGUCAACGAGGUGAUCGUCUUUGACGACGUGGGCAUUGCCACCGCCCGCGAGACAAAGCGUAGCUACGAACCCGAGGCGGAGGGCAGUAGCACAGGUACGGUACGCAGCAGUUCCCUGCAGUUGGCCCGCAUCCUGCAGUAUUUGGAGUGUCCGCAGUACCUGCGCAAGUACUUCUUUCCGCUGCACAAGGACCUCAAGUACUCCGGACUGCUGAAUCCUCUGGACACUCCGCACCAUCUCCGACAGCAGAGCAAGUUCAGGUACCGCGAGGGUGUCAUCGUGGACAAGAAGGCGAAGGAGGGGCAGAGCUAUGCGAACGUGGGCUUGCUUAACGACGUGCUGGUGGACAAGGCCAUUGAGCCGGGUGUGAGAGUGACCGUGAGAAUGGAUCCUGCCAGUGAGACCAGCAGAAAGCAGCGUGGAACCCUCGUCAGUCCGGAUGAGCCGCGUCGCGAGACAGGUGUCUAUUGGGGCUACCAGGUGCGCAUUGCCCACUCACUCUCGGAGAUCUUCACAAAGUCCCCGUACGACUCCGGUUACGAUGUGACGCUGGGAACGUCGGAUCGGGGAACCAGCAUUCAUGAGGUGCCCAGCCGAUCCUAUAACUACAAACACAUGCUUAUGGUCUUUGGUGGACUGCAAGGUCUUGAAUCUGCUUUGGCCAAUGACGAGAAGCUGACUGUGGACGAUCCAGAGCUGCUGUUCGAUCACUAUGUCAAUGUUCUGCCCCGCCAAGGGUCGAGGACUAUACGCACAGAGGAGGCCUUGCUGAUAGCUCUGGCGGCGCUGCAGGAGAAGCUGCAGCCGGAGGUGGCCGAUGUGGAAACGGAUCUGAGCGAUCUGUUGCCCAAGAGCGAGGACACUGGCGUACAUGUGCGCCGAGAUGUUUUGGUUAGCAAAAAGCAAAAGAAACGAAAGCUGGUUGAGGAGGAAAUUCCAGAGACUCCAGCUGCUACUGAGACACCUGCUCCAAAACCAGCGCCCAAGAUAGCUCGUCAGACGGCUAACCCUUUCUCGGAUCCAUCGGAGAUCUCGGAAAAAACAGCCCCCGCGGAUAUUGAUGAUGACUUUGAGGUGGUUUCCUCCAGCCUAGUACCUGGAACGAAGAAGCUUUCGGGGUCAGAUGACGACUUGAGCAGAUUCGAUUAAAUGGAAUAGUUUGACUUUUAUUUUUGUAAAUAUACAGAUCCAUAUGUGUGUUGCAUAAA